GGCUGACGCUUGUUUGGCGUUGUAGUCUCAGUGUAAUAAUAUUUUCAAUAGCGCCAAAACGUCUUCACUUCUAGACAAUUUCGCCAAAAAUACUUGAAAAGUUUUAUUUAAGUUACGUUUUAUUGAAAUGGCAGCAGUGCAAGGUGCUCCUGGUAAUAAAAAUUGGCCUGCAAGACCCGGUAUGCAGCACCAGAACAGUCAGGGCCCUGCUUCAAGUAUGACACUAAACAGGACAAUAAAUUUAUAUCCACUGACUAAUUACACAUUUGGGACGAAGGAGCCGUUGUUUGAGAAGGAUGCAUCAGUUCCCGCCAGGUUCCAGAGGAUGCGUGAAGAGUUCUCCAAGAUCGGCAUGAGGAGAUCAGUGGAAGGUGUACUGCUGGUACAUGAGCAUGGUUUGCCACAUGUGCUGCUGUUGCAGCUCGGUACAGCUUUCUUCAAGCUGCCCGGCGGAGAGCUCAACCCAGGAGAGGAUGAAAUUGAAGGCUUAAAAAGGUUAUUGACUGAAACGCUUGGCAGACAGGACGGAGUCAAGCAGGAGUGGCUCAUUGAAGAUACCAUCGGCAACUGGUGGAGACCAAACUUCGAGCCGCCGCAGUAUCCUUAUAUACCGCCUCAUAUAACUAAACCAAAAGAGCAUAAGCGAUUAUUCUUAGUACAACUACAAGAUAGGGCGUUAUUCGCUGUCCCCAAAAACUAUAAGUUAGUAGCCGCGCCAUUGUUCGAGCUGUACGAUAACGCUCAGGGCUACGGACCAAUCAUAUCUUCAUUAUCGCAAAGUUUAUGUCGAUUCAACUUCGUGUACAUGUAAAUUUAUAUUUGUAAAUAGUCGAAAAUUUGACAUUUACCUACGUACUCAGUCUUCUACCACCGUACUCUGAGUUGGGAAUGCAAUCAGGACUUUUUUUUUUAAGGGGGGAAAAUCAUCGAAUGACUGCUCCCGCCUGGGUGAGGCGGGAGGGAGUGUCAGACUCUUACUGACUAAAAACCACCCCGUUCCUUCUCCUGCACAUCGAGCCGGAGCCCCGGUUACCCGGUAGGACUUGGGAUUCGAACAUGUAUCCGUCAGUACCUACUGCAGAAUAACGUAUCUGAACAUGUUACUUGUUUUUUUAGACUAAGAUAAAGUUUUUCUCUCUUUCUCGAUCUCGCGAGAUCUCGUCCAUGUUUAGCGAUUAACUCGUCGAGUACAGUUAUUAUAGACCCAAUUAUAAAACAAUAGGUUGCGGUCACCGGUGACCGCUUGGU